AUGUCACAACGAAGAAACUACAAGAAUAAUAAGAAGGGGGCCGCUGGCGCGUCUGCUGCCACUGCCUCGUCCGUGAAAGACACACAAUUGCAAAUGUUGUCGGAGAUGUUUCCCGACUGGGAGUCUGAGGAUUUGGCGUCCUUGUUGUCCGAGCAUCGAAACGACGUGGAGAUUGUCAUCGACUUGAUUGUCAAUAAGAAGGUAUCCAAGUGGGAGCCUAUCAAGAAAGAAUCUCGGAGUAAGAGAAGAGACGACAACACAAAGUCCGCCGAGCAGACGAGCGCCCCUGUCUCCACAACGUCCUCCACCCACACGGCUUCUCUGGGAGAGCCAAGAGGGAGACAUUCCAGAGAGAGACAGCCAAAGACAGAAAGAAGAAGAGAAAGAAAGCCACAGGCGGGCCCCAAGAAAGACACACCAACCCAAGCGCCAGCCGCCGCUGCACCCACCAGUGCGCCAUCUCUUGUACCUGCAUCUGCUACCCCUUCGACGGCCCCUGUGCCUUCUAAUUCGUGGGCUGCGGCGUUGGCAAAAGACACUGCUAAACCAAAGCCAAAGCCAGCUGCCAAGUCGCAAGAGGAGUCGGGUGACAGCUCCAAGGCGGCCCCAAGCGAGGCCCAGCCAGAAGCGGCUGUGGAGGAGCGCAAGUCCGAGGCCCCGGUGGAAACUGCGCCUGCUAAGAAGUCCUCCAAUGUCCAAUCGUCGACUUCUUGGGCAUCGGCCAUCAAGCCAAAGGCCAAGCCCGCCCCCAAAAAGGCUGCCGAACCCGAGCCCAAGCAGGCUGCGCCCAGCGAACCAGAGGUCGCUGAGGCAGACACCCCCAACGACGAGGAAGAAGAGGUCGCAGCUAGCAUUGAAGAAGAGGAGACGGCCGACGCCGGCCCAGAAGUUGCCGAGCCCGAGCAGCAGCCCGAGCCCGUGUCGAAUCCAGUGUUGGAGUCCGAGGUCGUUUUGCCUCAACAAGUUGACAACGUGGGCGUGUCCUUCGGCUCCUUGGCCUUGGACGAUGCCGAGCCACAAGAUCAGUCUGUGACUCAAGAGCAGCCAAAGGAACAAGAGAUGCCCGGUUUCGCUUCCAACCAAGACACGGCCGAUGCGUCGCAACAAAACGAGCUUUCGCAACAAUCGCAGCCGCAAUUGCAACAAGACACGGCCCAAGAACAACCAUCGCAACAGCAGACGCAGCAGGAGACGCAGCAAUCGCAACAUCAGGCUUACCAGCAACAGUACGAGCAGCAAAGAAACGCCAACUCCAGUCAAGGAUUCGACUACUACAGCCAGUUCCAGCAGACUCAGCAGCAGUUCCCACAACAAGCCGCUGCCGGCACCCUUCCUGCUCAGUUUGGCUACCCAUCAUUUGACUACUCUGCGUACGGCCAAGUCAACCAGACUCCAUUGGGAUCCAUGGCUUCCCCAGGCUACUACCAGGUGAACACCGCGAAGACGGCCAUUCCAAGCGCUGCUAACCCCUCUGGAGCUACCGAGAUUGCUCAGUCCCCUUUGGUAGCCAACUCUACGCACCAGGGAUUGCAGACCCCACAACAGAGCCAGCAGGUUCCAGGCGGAGCGCCAUUUGCCUACCCCAACUACCCCAACUACUUCUACAACACCCCAUUCUAUGGCAACGGAGCGGGUAUGGGAGCCUCUAACACUGCUUACGGAAUGCAACAGGCUCAGCAACAGGCUCAACCAGGUAGUGAAGCUGGUGCCGGUGAGGGCGAAAGCGCCAGUGGACAAAGCACUGCCCAAAGUGCUCAGGCGGCCAACCAGUUCUAUGCUGCGCAGUACUACGGCAACCCAAGCCAGUUUGGAACUAGAGGAGCUCACCCUUACAGUGGGUACCCUAGUAGCCAGCCAUUUCCCCAGGGCAGCCAAGCCGGUGAGACAACCGAGGCCCUGCAGAACGGCCAGCAGCAAGGAAACAGCCAGGCUGCCCCAGCCCCCUCAGGUGUUCCUCAGUACUACCAACAAAUGCCACAGUACGCCGGGUACCAACAAUAUCCGCAGUAUGGCACUUAUCAAGACAACAGCCAGUACCGUGGAUGGUACUAG